AUGGAGAAUAAGCAGGUUAGAGCUGUAUAUGAUUUUUCGGGAGAACCUGGCACAGCAGAAUUAUCAAUUAACGCUGGUGAAAUUCUUACUGUCACUCGAGAUAAUGUUGGUGAUGGAUGGUGUGAAGGAUACAAUCAUCUUGGCCAAUCUGGUCUCUUUCCGGCAGCUUAUGUUCAAGCGAUAGACUCAUCAACAGUUACAGCCACAGCCCCAGUGAGUCAAAGUAGCGGAGAUUAUUGGGAUGAUGACUGGGAUGAUGAUUCAGAAAUCGGACAAAGUCAGCCAUAUACUCCUAGCAAUAAUCAGUAUCAACAAUCACAGAUGGAUGAAUUUGCAGCAAGUCAAAUGGGCGUUACAAAUCAUCCAAAUGAUCUUAUCUCUAUGCCAACAGCUCACACAUUCCCAAUCGUAUCUGAAAGAAGCAUUACCAAUAUACCUAAGAAAAAUAACAAAUUUUCAACUCUUAUCAAAUCAGGAGAAGAUAGCUUUUUGAUGGGUACGAAAACAUUAAUAGUUCCUGAGGAUGAAAAAAUAUUUGUUCAAGAAACUGAGGAUGGUCACUGUUAUUGGCUUCCACAUGGUGAUGUUUAUAACUGUGUCGUCACAUCACCCAAAAAAGGAUCAAAGCUUAAGGGUCUUAAAAGCUUCAUUGUUUAUCAGCUUACGCCAACGGUACUUAUCUAUCAUAAAUAA